GCCGCGCGGCUCAGCUCGCCUCAGCCGCCUAUUGUUUGUUUAUUUGAAUCAGGCUCCGACGGGACCAGAACACCAACCAGUCCCAACAUCAUCUUCUUUUCUCCCCCCCCCCCCUCCCCUCCCUUCACUGCAGGCGACAUUCUGCAUGCUGCAUCCGCGCUCAACUUGUGCGCCUGCUUGCACUUGGACUUGCAUCAUGACGACUAGUUUGGGGGCACCUUGCAGCCGCGUUCCUCAGGAAUGGUGGGGACUGCACAUCCGCAUCAUGGGGAGCAUGUAAACGCCAGUGGAGUUUGGGAUUUAUUGCAACAAAGGAGGGAAUGAUGAGCGUCUUCUCGUUGUGCUUGCUCCUGUGCGCGGAUCUACUGGAUUUAGCCGUGGGAUACUUGACAGUUACCAUCGAGCCGCUGCCUCCCGUGGUUGUGGGUGAGACUGUGACCCUCAAGUGCAACUUCAAAACGGACGGAAGGCUCCGGGAGAUUGUUUGGUAUCGGGUCACAGAUGGAGGCACCAUCAAGCAGAAAAUCUUCACUUACGAUGCCAUGUUUAAUACCAACUACUCUCACAUGGAGGACUACCGCAGGCGUGAGGACCUGGUGUACCAAUCGACUGUGCGGCUCCCAGAGGUCCGGAUCUCGGACAACGGACCUUACGAAUGCCAUGUGGGAAUCUACGACCGUGCAACAAGGGAGAAGGUUGUUCUGGCGUCAGGGAAUGUUUUCCUCACCGUCAUGUCUCCUCCAAACAACAUCUCAGUCGUGGCGGAGAACACACCGGCCCCGUUCAGUCGAUACCAGGCCCAGAACUUCACUCUGGUCUGCACCGCUAAGGGAGGGAAGCCAGCACCUUCGGUGUACUUCAAGCGGGACGGUGAGCUGAUCGAGGUGAUCUCCUACACUCAGCCCACGGCCGGUGAUCAAACAGGCGGCGGCUCUGCAGGGUUUCGAGGAGCCAGACCACUCAUAAGCCGAGAUCUUGACGAAACCAAGAUGCAGCGCUCCCUCUCCCUACUGGACCCCGAGAGCCGGUCGGCACGCUUGUACACUGAAGGUCCUCAGCGUGUGCACACUCAGGGCCAGCAGGCCUCCGAGCCCAGCCCCGCCACCGAGGUCAUCCCGGAGACAGUGGUGAGCCGAGAGUUCCCCCGCUGGGUCCACAGCACGGACCCUCUCUACUACUUCAGUCACACUCACGUCCCGCAAAGUGAUGGCUCUGUGGUGGUGCAGGCCCGACUCACUUGGACUCUCAACCCUCAGCUGGAUAACGAUGCACUGUUCAGCUGUGAGGUCAAGCACCCGGCACUGUCCAUGCCCAUGCAGACCGAGAUCACGUUAGCCGCCCCUAAGGGUCCGAAGCUCUUCAUGACUCCGAGCAGGGCUAAAGUUGGGGAUACAGUGCGCAUCACUGUGCAAGGAUUCCAGGUAGGACCUAAUGGGAACGAGGUGUUUCCAGAGCCCCUCUUUACCUGGACGCGUGUUGGCGGGCGUCUCCUGGACGGCAGUACCGAGCGAGAGGGCAAGGAGCUGAUUCUGGAACGUGUGCCGGCCGAACUGAACGGCUCCAUGUAUCGCUGCACGGCCCAGAAUCCUCUGGGCUCCACGGACACGCACACCCGCCUCAUUGUCUUUGAAAAUCCAAGCAUGAUGAAAAACACACAGAGCCAGAACAACGGAGUCUCCAACAUGGACGCGGUUGGCCUCACAUGGAUGGCGCUCGUCCUCACAGUGACUGUGGAACUGACGUGAAAACUCUCUCACUCUAACACAUACUUGCCCUUCCUACCCAAUACACACACACACACACACACACUUUAAAACAAAACAUCAGUGUACGUUCCACAACCUUGCCAGUGUUCUCCAGCCAUCAACAGAACACUCAAUCGAUAAAAGCCACAAGAUGGCGCUCCUCCCAUUUUUUGUAACAAAAAUAAUAAUCAAGCUAAAAGAACGUGAUGAAUAUGACAAUGUCCUCCCAUAUAUCCCUCCCCAGUUACAUCUCUUUUUUUUGUUCCUUGUCCCACGUCUGCCUGUUGACCAAUAAAAUUAGUUGAUUUAAACCUCGAAA